AUGGCGGACCCUGCGGUUGUGGGGAGCGGGUUGAUCGGCUCUGGAACGAGGUCAUCAGGAACCAAGUCGUCUUCCAGCCCUGCAGAGAAUUACCAGCUUGCUCGUCGGCGUACUUUGCAAGUGGUCGUCAGCUCUCUCUUGACAGAAGCUGGGUUUGACUCUGCAGAGAAAGCUGCUGUGGAGUCGCUGACUGAGAUGAUUCAGAGUUAUAUCACAGAAAUCGGACGCUAUGCUAAGAACUACUGUGAGCACACAGCCCGAACACAGCCCACACUUUCAGAUGUGAUGGUCACUCUUGUGGAAAUGGGUUUCAAUGUGGAUACCCUGCCAGUUUAUGCCAAGCGCUCCCAAAGAAUGGUCAUAACUGCCCCUCCAGUAACAAAUCCUCCGGUCACCCCCAAGGCUCUUGUGGCUGGCAUGAAGAGGACCCACCCUUCACAUAUCCCUACACACUUUCCAGAAUUUCCGGACCCUCAUACUUACAUCAAAACCCCGACGUACCGUGAACCCAUCUUGGAGUACCAGAUUGUACGUGAGAAAGCAGCUUCCCAGCGCAGGGAUGUGGAACGUGCUCUGACUCGGUUUAUGGCCAAGACUGGAGAGACACAAAGCCUCUUCAAAGAUGACAUUACCGCCUUCCCAUUGAUUGCAGCAAGACCCAGUGCCAUCCCUUAUUUGAAUGCGUUGUUGCCCUCUGAACUCGAGCUACAGCAGCUGGAAGAGACAGACUCCUCCGAGCAGGAUGACCAGACAGACAAUGAGAACAUCUCUAUGAACAUUAGUAAUGAUGAGACAGGAGCUGAUAAAGAGAACAAUGUCUUACCCCAAGGUGGUGCCCUCGCUUCUGCAAAAGCUAACGAAGAAAAUAUGAUUGACAACCCUUACCUGCGGCCUGUUAAGAAGCCAAAAGUACGACGGAAGAAAUGAAUCCUGGUCAGCAGUUUGUGGCUCCAAGCUAUAGCAAGUUAAGAUGGUCCUGGCGCAGAUUAGACCCUCAUUAGACGAUCAAAGUUUGCUUUCAAACUUUCCAGGGAAGCAGAGAGUUAAGUUGCUGUAAAGUGUUUCAUAACAGAGGCUGUUCUACUCCAAGGUUCCAUUUUCUAGUUAAAGUUCAAGACAUUUUUUCUCUUUCAUUUACAAGUUACUCUCGAGGAAAAAUGUUUGAUGUAUUUUUUUUUUAUUUCUGUAAAUUAUAUAUAUAUUUUUUUGCUUUUGUACAGUAAAUGCUUGUCCUGACAUUCAAGAAACUGGUAAUAAGUUUAAACUGU